GCAAAGUCGUAACCCGCACUUUAGACCUCACAAAUCACUAGUCCAAGGUCAAGACUCCGAUUUCUCCGGCGAGAUCGUCGUUCCGUCAAUAUCUCCGGCGCCUAAAGAUCCCAAUUUGUCGGCGUUCCGGAUCCCGACGGCGGGAGUAUUUCAGUAGUUCUCGCCAUUUUUCUCGCUAAUGCAUGUCGCUGUAUAUAGAAAAGGAUGGGUUUAUUUAGGAAACUAUCUGGAUUUCUAGGGCUUUCAAGAGAAGAAGGUCACGAAGUGAGAGGGGUAGAAGAUAACACCAAUGGUAAUAUAGCACCGUCGUCAGUGGAUGUAGCUGCAGCAGCUGCCACAGCUCAAGCUCAAAAUGUUCCACGCAGAGGUUUCAGUGUCCCGAUUCAAGUCCCCGUUGAGAGGGCACAACUCGGACCUAUCCUUGUUCGUUGUAGUUCACGGGAUGGUGGUGUUCAGGGAUUGAGAUGGUACGCCAAGCGACUUAGGAUUGAUGAAGAUGGAGAUGUUGCAGACGAGUUUCUCGAGGAAGUCCUUGAGGACACACGUUCAAGAACAGAAGAACACCACAGGCAAUAUCCCAAGUUUGAACUGAAGUACACCACAAAACCUGCUAAGGUAACAAGCCAGGCACUCUCAACUGCUGGCAAAAUACAACAUAGAGUGGAACAUCAAGGCAAAUUGGAAUGGAUUUGAUGAUCGUACUUGAGGUUGAGAUUUGACUAAAUUAUUGCUAGCAGAUGCAUUAUUUUUGCUUCAUUCUCUCAGAAGGACCAACGUUUGGUGUGUGAAUCACUAUUUGGGCAUUCAAUGUUCUUUUAUCUCUGCUUUGUUGGAACUAACUUGAUGCUAGAAAGCAAGGUUUCAUUCAUAAAAGAAAACAUAGUUGUACCCAGAAAAAUUUUCAAUGUAUACAUGAAUAUUGAACUGUUAGUUACUAGGAACAUCUUAUUCAUGGUAUGCUACUUAAAA